AUGGGCGGCGGCCCUGGUGGCGAUGGACGUGAUGACAAGGAUAAGAAGAAGGACAAGCCUAGAUACGAGCCUCCUCCUCCCCCUACCACCCGCAUUGGAAAGAAGAAGCGCAAGGCUGCCGGCCCUAGCACUGCCUCCAAGCUCCCGGACAUCUACCCUACGUCACGAUGCAAGCUACGAUACCUUCGUAUGCAACGGGUGCACGACCACCUGUUGUUGGAGGAGGAAUACGUCGAGAACAUGGAGCGCAUGCGCAAGGCUAAGGCUCAGGCCACUCAAGAUCCUGCCAGCCGAACAGGUGACCUGGAUGUGAUGGAUCGUAACGCCGACGAGCGGAGUCGAGUCGACGACAUGCGCGGCAGCCCGAUGGGGGUCGGAAACCUCGAAGAGUUGAUCGAUGAUGACCACGCCAUUGUCUCCAGUGCGACUGGGCCUGAGUACUACGUCUCAAUCAUGUCAUUCGUCGAUAAAGAUCUCCUUGAGCCGGGUGCCAGCAUUCUUUUGCAUCACAAGUCAGUAUCGGUCGUCGGUGUAUUGACCGAGGAGUCUGACCCCCUUGUCUCUGUCAUGAAACUGGACAAGGCGCCAACUGAAUCAUAUGCCGAUAUUGGUGGUCUGGAGCAACAGAUUCAGGAAGUACGAGAAUCCGUGGAACUUCCUUUGCUUCACCCCGAGCUCUACGAGGAGAUGGGUAUCAAGCCUCCCAAGGGUGUCAUUCUUUAUGGUGCCCCCGGUACAGGAAAGACGCUGCUUGCCAAGGCGGUCGCCAACCAAACCAGUGCCACUUUCCUGCGCAUUGUUGGUAGUGAACUGAUCCAGAAGUACCUCGGUGAUGGUCCCCGUCUCGUUCGCCAGAUCUUCUCUGUCGCUGCUGAGCACGCCCCGUCCAUUGUCUUCAUCGAUGAAAUCGAUGCCAUUGGUACCAAGCGUUACGAAUCACAAUCAGGUGGUGAGCGAGAAAUCCAGAGAACCAUGCUGGAGCUUCUCAACCAGCUCGAUGGAUUCGAUGACCGUGGUGAUGUCAAGGUCAUUAUGGCCACUAACAAGAUCGAGACCCUGGAUCCGGCUCUGAUCCGACCUGGUCGUAUUGAUCGUAAGAUUCUCUUCGAGAACCCAGACCAAAACACUAAGAAGAAGAUCUUCACUCUGCACACCUCGAAGAUGUCUCUCGGUGACGAUGUUGAUCUGGAGGAGUUCAUUAAUCAAAAGGACGAUCUCUCUGGUGCUGAUAUUCGCGCUAUCUGUACUGAGGCUGGUCUUAUGGCUCUCAGAGAGCGUCGUAUGCGGGUCCAGAUGGAUGACUUCCGGGCUGCUCGUGAGCGUAUCAUGAAGACCAAGCAAGACGGAGGCCCUGUCGAGGGUCUGUACUUGUAA